CUACAAGACCAAACUUUCCAACCUCAGACAGGGCGCUGUUGCUAAUCAGCAACCAGAAAUAUCGAUAGAACAAUCAAUUGAUCAAUCCCAGCGUGCUUUGAAAAGUGCUGUCCGUUCGUGCGAAGGUGUUGAACGCCCUGAGAAAACUCGGUAACCCCCCGCUCACAUCGAAAUUCGAUAUCCUCCUCAAGCUCAUUCCAUACACCUUCGACAUUGUCACGUUCAAUACAACCUUCACAAUGCCGGCUCGGAAUCCCUCUAUUAUUCUUCGCUCUCGCUGCCUUUUGCGCAACCCACAGGCCUCUCGCCCAUUCUCAACGCGGAGCGAACUGCGUGCUGCCGACCACGGUGACCACUAUGACCCACCAAGUGGAUGGCUUUUUGGUGUCAAGCCCGGCCAGAAAUACGUGAAGGAGGGCUGGGAGAAUGUCUGGUAUUACGGAUUCAUUGGAAGCCUGGUUGCUGCUGGCGUCGCAUACGUUUUUAAGCCUGACACAUCGAUACAAACAUGGGCAUUGGAGGAGGCUCGCCGAAGAUUGGAAGCCGAGGGUAUCUUGGAGGACCCCGACAAGGUCCAAAAAUAGGCGCCGACUCGUAUCAUGUUUUACUUAGGCUCUCAGCUGCGUUGUACAUAGAGAUCUAGGCCGGCAUUUCUGAUCUUAUUCGGCGCAGUCGUACGAAGAUGGCUGGGACUGUUGGUUGGUUCUAGACAUGUUUCUUUUAUUGAUAUGCAUUCGUUUUCCUUAAUCUCUAUAGUAUUUAUUUCUUUGCACUAGUUAAAUGAUGAUUUAGAAACCAAUCAAGCGC